CAGUGUGUCGGACCGACCAUCGUUUCAUCACCAUCGCGGUUUCGUUACAACCAUCAUCAUCGAUACAUCCUCUUCAGCAAACUCAUUUUUUUUUUCUUCUUCUAUAUUUCUUUCAAUCAGAUCGAGAGAGAAACAUGCCUGAGAACUGCAAAUCGUGCACGAUGAGGGACGCCAACAACAACACGUAUCCAGGUCCGAUCGGCGGGAAAUCCUCGUCGGGGAAGACCAAAAGCGUACAGGUGACUGCGAAAGUCCUCUUCGGCUCGGUGCAAGCCAUCACCAGGUUGAAGCAGGAGGAGAAGGCGGCCAGGGAGAACAAACGCAUCUAAAAACAAUAACAACGCAAUUCAGCGCAUUCGCGGUGGUUCUCCUCGUGGGUUCCACCCUGACGACACCGACGGUUACGCAACUGACGAAGACGACUGUAAAUACAACGACGAACGACGAUGCUUUGGAUAGGAUUCUUUUGGACGACGAUGAUUGGAGCAUGCCCCAGGCGGAAGUGGACGAAGCCGUCGUCGAGGGGCUGCAGAUGAUGCACGACCUGCACCACGUCAAAGAACCCGAACUCUACAACCUAGGACUAUUCCUGAACGAGAACGAACCUGCGGCGCGCGUUGCCAUGUUCAGCGCUCCCAAUCCCAGAGCCCAGAUGCAGGCGAGGUUCGGGUACGCGGCGGUCCAGGCCUCUCUGAAGCUACGCAAGAAAUUUGCGGACAGCCGAAGCAGGCAGAACCCGGAGACGGUGGAGCUGCUGAGGUCAUCGGUUUUCGCUGAUCAGUGUCCUCUGCGCGGUCUUCCGAGAUGUCCACCGGCUUCUCUUCGGUACCGAACUUCAGAUGGGGCAUGCAACAAUAUAGCGGAACCCUGGAAGGGUGCUUCCAUGUUACCGAUGCAGCGCUUCCUUCUGCCGCAGUACGAGGAUGGCGUCCAAAGUCCGCGAGCUUCGCUCCUCGGUUUCCCAUUGCCGUCGCCGAGGGAGAUCAGCAUUCGCGUGCAUCGGGAUCGAGACGUGGAGAUGAGCACGGUGACGAUGAUGUUCAUGCAGUGGGGUCAGUUCCUCGAUCACGAUGUCACCUCGACAGCCCAAACGAGAGCGUUCAACAGAUCCAUACCGAGAUGCUGCGCUCCAGGAGGCACCGGUUUUCUACCACCUGACUUUCUGCAUCCGGAUUGCAUGCCGAUUGCGGUGCCGGAAGAUGAUAGGUUCUUGGGAAGGUUCGGUAUUCGGUGCAUAGAGUUCAUCAGGAGUGCACCGUCUUCACGAAUCGAUUGUCAUCUUGGUUGGAGGGAGCAGAUUAAUCAAGUGACCAGUUACAUUGAUGCUUCAACUGUUUACGGAAGCGACGCGCAGAAAGCUGAUUCUCUGAGGUUGUUCAGAGGUGGACUGCUGCAAUACGGAAGACCGAGGAACGUGCAGAAUCCUCCGGAUCCACCGGGCGGUGAAAUCUGCAGAUUGGGAGCCGUGUCUCCUCAAUGCUUCAAAGGCGGAGAUUCCCGAGCCGGAGAGCAGACGGGUCUCACGGCUUUUCACACAGUUUUCCUCAGGUACCACAACCGUUUGGCCGCUGCUUUGGGUCAACUCAAUCCCCAUUGGAGCGACGAGAAGAUUUACCAAGAGACGCGACGCAUAGUUGGCGCACUCAUCCAACAGAUCACUUACAAAGAGUUUCUACCUGUGCUGCUUGGGGAAGAAGUCAUGCGAUUGUUCGAUCUUGAUUUACUCCAGAAGGGUUACUACAACGGAUACGAUGGUAGAGUAAACCCAUCUCCUGCUAAUUCCUUCAGCGCGGCGGCCUUCAGAUUUGGUCACAGCCUCGUGCAGAACUCUUACGUGCGCAGCGACCCUCUUCACAGACCCAUUUUCAACAAUGUGACGAUCCACAACGAACAAGCCAAUCCGGAGAACAUCUGGAGCUUCGGCUCUUUGGAUCGCGUCAUCUUGGGCUUCUCCAAUCAACCCUCGCAACGCAGAGACGAAUUCAUAGCGCGAGAGCUCACUCAACAUCUCUUCCAAUCACCGGGUCAACCUUUCGGCAUGGAUUUGGCCGCUUUGAACAUACAAAGAGGUAGAGAUCACGGCGUUCCUUCCUACACUUCUUGGAGGGAACCCUGCGGCUUAACACCAGUAGACACUUGGGAGGAUCUCGAAGCUUUGAUGUCUUUCGAGACGAUCCAAAGAUUUCGCAGUCUUUACACGCACGUAGAAGACAUCGAUUUGUACCCUGGGGGAUUAGCCGAAAGGCCGGUUCGUGGUGGAGUUGUAGGACCAACCUUUGCAUGUAUCAUAGCACAACAAUUUAGCAACUUCCGGAAAGGCGAUCGCUUCUGGUACGAGAACGGUAACUUCGAAUCUUCCUUCACUCCCGCACAAUUGCAGCAAAUAAGACGCUUAACUUACGCGCACAUUUUAUGCCACGUGCUUCCCGAAGUUCAAACUCUUCAGCCGUUCGUUUUCCUCACCUCGGACAACUUCAGGAACGAGCGUUUAUCGUGUAAAAGUCCAGAAUUGGAUAACUUCGAUAUUAGGGCUUGGGCGGAAAGGCAGUUUGAUUUCACCAGUGCCAACGUGAUCGACGAUAAAAUAGACAAUAUAAGAGUUAAAAUCGAGGAGUUUGGUAAAGAGGCGAAAGUCACCCUCACCAAUAAACUGAACUUCGGCAAGAAUAAAACCGUUGACAACAAGUUGAACUUUAACUCGACGACGCUGGAGAAGCUGCAGAUUGUCGAAGUUAGCGACAAAAUCGAUUUUGAUUUAAGUGGUAAGAAGAAAGAUCAAUUGACUGAAGAUUUUGAUGUGUUGUUCUUCACGUCCAAUAAAGGCGUGGAGAAAGAUAAUAAGGGUGACAUCAAGAGGAAAGACGUUGAUAUUAAUCAGAUCUUCGAUUUUAAUAAAAAGGUGUUUAAGAGGAGUUUGAGUGAUUACGAUUAUGAUUACGAGGAGGAAGAAGGUAGAAAGAAUAAGAAACGGAAGAAGAAGCCUACCAGGAGAGUCACGACAACGAGGAGAACAACAAAGAAGUCUUCUCCAAUAACAUCGGAUUUUUAUAAUCCCUUGAAGAUCAAGGUUACUAAUAUUACCACGUCGACUGUGAAUUUGAAUGAUGAUAAGUAUGGUAAUAGUAAUUACCAUUACAGACCUCGACCUUAUUACCCGGACGAUGAUCUCUUCGUGCUCCAUCCGACGAUAUCUAAACCCAAUCGAAAGGUGACGUACAUCCAGAACGUGGUGAAGACAACGGAAAGACCUCGAUCGCCCGAGUAUCAAGUCAACAUCAACAUCCAAUAUUUAUCCCCGAGCACUCCAAAAACUGAUAUAAUCAUCAAGAAACCGCACAUCGAGAUCCUGCAAAGCCAGUACUUGCCUGUGCAGAAUUACCAGACGAAGAGACCCAAACCUGUGCAAAGCACAACCAAAAGAACCGAUCCCUACUCGCUAUACGAAUACCCGACAAAGUUCAGUAGUUACGCGACGCAAAGACCUUACGAAGACGUGACCAGACGACCCAGACCGAGACCAAGACCACCGACUUACGACAACCCCAGACCCUACGACUAUGACAGUACUGAAAGACCCUUAUACCAAUAUUACGACAAGGUGACGCAACGACCGACCCACUAUUAUUACAAUGACGACGACAUUAAGUACGAGAACAGACCGUUUUCGACGUCGAAAAGACCUUACAUUUACAAACCGUCGCAGAGUUAUUUGGCCCUUUUCGGGGAGGCGACUGAACGACCCUCGUACUCUUCGGCGUACGUGGAGAAGGUCACCCGCAUCCCCGGUUACCUCUAUUUACAGAACACCGAUAAAUAUUAUAAAGAGACCGGCGACGAUGAGCGCAAGUUCGUGAAGAUCUCCUCGGUGCAAGGCAACAAAUACCUGAGUAAUCGCGAGGAGUUCAUAAACACGGCCCAGCAGAAGGAAGGCGAUUUAGAACUCGAAACGAAUUCAAACGCGCAAGACAGAUCAGAUGAUGUUGAUAAACUGCUGGUGGAUGUUAUACCAAGGGAGAGCAGAAAUGGAGAUUGGCUUAUGUUCGAUGAAGACACGGAAAUCUCAAAAUUCCUAAACCCCAUGUAUCGCACGGUGACCGACACGGCCAGGGAAUUACCGAAACCUUUACGCGCUUUCUGGGACAGACCAACAUUCAAGAAGACCUAAUUUACACGACAGACAGACAGAUUAAUUUAAACAUUACCUAACGGAAAUUUUAGACAGACAAUUUGACCUGUACAUAUUUACCUAUGACUUAGUAUUUAUUCUAUAUUUAUAUCGUAAUCUUAUUAUUUAUUUAUUUACACGCCUAGUUUCGACGGUGCACGUGCGACCAGACGCAAAGAUAUUUCAAGACAUCGCCUAAACUAGGCUUAAUUUAAGAUGACUUAAAACUUUCUCGAAGGAGAAAAGUGUACGAUUAACCGGCUACAAGAAAGCU